UACGAAACAGGAAGUUACAAGUUUCUGUAUACAAACAUGGCGGACACAACAGUGAAACGUGAACGGGGAAGCGAAGAAACAAAUGAAUUACAUUGUGAAGUAAAAAAGACAAAAGUCGACGAUAACAAUGGUGGAGAUGGUGUUGGCGCGAAGAGUCAAAAUGCUUUGUCUGGAUUUAAAACAUCCAACGUACUGAGUGUAAAUGCCCGAGAAAAGAGAAUCGUCCUCCACGGAAAGUUAGCUGAUGAAGAUGCUGUGGUUAUUCUGGAGAAGACCCCCUUCACAGAGGACACAAUGGAUCAGGUCUUCAAAGGUUCCACCCUCAAGCUGGACAUGAAAAACUACAUCUAUAGCACAUACCAGCUGCAGGCCUCUCCUCACUACAAUGAGAUAAAGACUACAUUGGUGUGUCCAGCCACAGAGAAGCACAUCAGCAAAUACAAACACCAGGAGAGUUUUUUCGUGGAAGAGACAAAGAAAGACUAUGAGACUAUCACCCUUCCAUUUAUUGAGGAUCAGACAACUUUCAGCCUGGAGUGGGUAUACAACAUCCUGCAAAAGAAGGCAGAGGUUGAGAGGAUAGUUUAUGAAGAUCCAGACCCAGACACAGGUUUUAUUCUUCUCCCCGAUUUCAAAUGGAACCAAAAACAGGUGGAUGAUUUGUACCUAAUUGCCAUCGUACAUCGGAUGAAUAUCAGAAGCCUGAGAGACUUAACAGCAGAGCAUUUGCCACUGCUAGUGAACAUCCUUCAGAAAGGGCAGAUGACCAUCCUGGAGCGCUAUAGCCUUCCUUCCUCCAAGUUGAGAGUUUAUCUGCACUACCAGCCGUCCUACUACCACCUGCACGUCCACUUCACCAAACUGGGCUACGAUGCCCCUGGCUGCGGUGUGGAGCGUGCCCAUCUCCUCUCUGAUGUCAUUCAGAACCUCCAGUCUGAUCCUCAGUAUUACAAAAACAGGACGAUGUACUUCCCUUUGAGAGAGGAGGACAAACUGCUCAGCAAAUUCAAGGAGGCAGGAAGGCUGUGAAGUGAUGACCAGACAUGUGAUCUACAGAACUGUUUUUCUCAAGGUUCUGCCCAGAUGAGAACAUAGUGUGACCAAAGUGUUACUGAUAUGUGACUGACACCUAACUUUUCCAUAAAUAAAAUUCACGCCAUUGAAACUUGAAAUAUUAUGUUGAUCAGUUUAAAAUGCAUUUAAUUUCUUAAAAAUCAUGAAACACUUCUUUUAGCAGAACGAUACUGAAAUUGGUAACAAAUAUUUUUGUAGAAUCAACAUUCAUUUUUGUUUAAAUAAACUUUUUUCUAUAUAACACU